AUGUCGUCGGCAGUAGCAGAACUGGAUAAUUAUCUCCAGUCGAUGCUGGCUUUGAAGGCCCCUGGUGUUUCCGGCUCUAAGAUAAACAGUAUCACCUCGCUAUGCACGGCCAAUGUUCAGAAUGAAUCCGUCCUUAUCCAGAAAAUCUACACACACUUCAAAAAGGCACCAGGCACACACAAAUUGGGCGUACUCUAUGUCGUAGACUCUGUAACUCGACAAUGGGUAGAUGCAGCGCGCAAGGCAGGACAACCAUCGGGGAGCGCUGCUCCUGACGGAACCUUUGCCGCUGGAGUGAACAGAGUGACCGAGUUGUUACCCGUCCUGAUGACUGAUAUCAUAAACAAUGCACCGGAUGAUCAAAAGGAGAAAAUCAAAAAGCUCGUCGACAUCUGGGAGCGUGGCUUCACCUUUCCUGCCCCCAUGCUUGCGUCUUUCAAACAGAAGCUCAGCGCAAAUGUCGAAUCAACCACCCCAGAAGGGUCCCCGGCUCCCAACUACGCCCCCCUCGGAGGAGGAGGUCAGCCUGCUAACGGAGCUUCUUCGGCUGUCGCAGCUCAGCCAGCGCCGGAUACUUCAAGCAUCUUGAAGGCUUUAGCAGACAUGGCUAAGCAAAACACUGCAGCGCCGACAGCGCCAGCGGCAGCGGCCCCCACCAACCCUCUUAGUGCAUUAAGCCAGCAGGGUACAGUUCCACAGCAGCCGGUGUCAUCAUCCGUAGACCAGGCUUCACAAUCGCAGGCUGGCGUAAACCCAUAUGGCGCGAUGGCAACCCCGUUUGCGGCUCUAGGUAACCUGGCCCAGAAUCCCGCCGCAUUGGUGCAGCCGCAGAGCCAGAGCCACACACCAAACCCAUUGGCAGCUGCGCAAAACCCUCUCGCUGCCCUUUUGCCGCAGGCUUCCGCAGCCGCCGCCCCAGCACAGCCGCCCAAUAUGACCCCCGAUGGCUUGCAACAACAGCUUCAACUCUUGCAGCUACUGGCUGCGCAAGGCAUCCCACAGGACCAAUGGGGCACUGCGCUUCAAAUCCUUAGUCUUUCUAAUGCCGGCGGUAUGCCCGGCGGUAUGCCCGGCCUUAAUCCGAAUCAAGCGCCCGGUUUCCCUGUCCAAGGUCUUGCCAACGCCAAUGCAUGGGGUGACCCUCAGUCACGUGACUUUGACCGAGACCGCGAGCGAGAUCGCGAUUACAUGCGCUCUCCCCCUGGCGGAUACCGCCGUCGCUCUCGCUCUCCUGGCUGGGACAGGCGUCGUGAGGUAUCUCCACCUCGUCGCCGCGACAGCCCUGUCUAUGGCGAAUACCACGGUGACUCCCCCGGCCGCAGGGGUGGUGCUGCUGAUCCACGAGGACGACGAGGCAACGACUACCGCCAACGCAGCCCCCCUGGGCGUAGACGCCGCUCUCCCUCUCCUCCACGCAAGGAUCCAAACCUUCCUCCCCCGGGUCCCAAGUAUAUAGAGUGGGACUACUCCAUUGGCCAGGGCAAUAUCAAAGUUCUGAGUCGUACACUCUUUGUCGGUGGCGUAACAUCUUCCGAGGCUCAUCUACGCUCACUCUUUGCUCGAUUUGGAAUCGUUCAAACUUGCAUCGUAAACAUCGACAAGCGUCAUGCGUUCAUCAAAAUGAUCAGUCGCGGAGAUGCCGUGAGUGCUCGCGACGGAAUGGAAUCUUACAAGUCGGGAGAUAUGCAACUCAGGACUCGUUGGGGUGUUGGCUUUGGUCCCCGUGACUGCAGCGACUACCAGACCGGCAUCAGUAUAAUUCCUGUCGAGAGACUGACAGAGGCGGAUCGAAAGUGGAUGCUCACUGCCGAGUACGGCGGUACUGGAGGAAGACCCAUUGAAUCCGGUAUGGUCGUUGAGGAGCCCGAUAUCGAAAUUGGCGCCGGUGUUUCGUCAAAAGCAAUCAGCAGACGCAUCGCGACCGACACUGGAGGCAAACGCGGGCCGGUUUCUACUCGUGUAUCAAACGAUCGGCCUCCUCGCCGGGAUCGGGAUCGUGACGGACCCCCGAUGGGAGAUCCAAACAGCACCAACAACGUCGGGGUUCCUCCCGCAGUGCCCGGCUUUGGUUUCUCCUUUCCCGGCAUGCCAAUGUUCCCUCCUGGCUUCAUGAUGGGCGGCGCGCAGGGUGCGGCACAGCCCCCACCUCCUGGCCAAGGAGGCAACUGA